ACCAGAAGUAUCGACCACACUACCCAGUUCAAUUAGCCGAAGAUGCGCUGGGAAACUUCAAAGAAAAGAAAUUGGAUUUUCUACUUGAUGUCGGUUGCGGUGGUGGACAAUCAGUGAAUAUAUUUGCUCCCUACUUUCAUGAAGUGCUAGCCAUCGAUCCUAGCGGGAAUCAAAUUAAAGAAGCGAGAUCUCAAAACAAGUUUGCUCACGUGACUUACAAGCGGGGAUUUGCUGAGAAGCUACCGUGUGAUGACGUCAGUGUUGACGUCAUCGUGGCUGCGACGUCUUCACCUUGGUUUGAUCGACCGAAAUUUUACAAAGAAGUGGAACGAGUUUUGAAACCGGAUGGUCGGUUGAUUAUGUUUGGCUACUGGAUGCCGAACCUUAUCCCGAUUGGUGUAUCUGGUGACGUAACUGAGUUGGCAAAAUGUGGGGCUAGUCUUUUAGAAAAUGCCAUACUAAGGGGCGCAAAUGGGGAUCUUGCUGAGGAAGAUAUGAAUCGGAUAUGUAAAGGAAGAUAUGUUGACAUCUUUGACGAAAUAGUGAAUCUCAGGAAACAGCAGUUCGACAAUCUUUCAACCGAAUGCUUUUGGUCGCUGGAUGAUGCCAAAGAAUAUGUUCUGGCUUAUACAACAUAUAAAAAUGACUUAAAAGACAAAGAAUUGGAGCAAAUCGGACUUUCGGAAGAAGAACGCAACGCAAGACUGCUCGAACUGGAUUACAGUGAACAGUUUGUGAGAUCGCUCAAGGAAAGUUGGGGGUGUACGGAAAUGGAAAACUCGAAUGUCAAAAUGAAAGCCAUCUUUACCUUCUACGGUAUAAUUGCUGAAAAAUAAACUUAAAACUUGACGAUUAACAGUUACAUUCGUUACGACGUUGUUUAUUGCAGAAGAGUACUGUUUUUUAGACUAUGUUAUUAUUAUUAAGCAUAUAAUUAAAAAUGCCGUUACCUAUAGGGCUUUUACCACACGUAUACCGGCAUUGUAAGUAACCGGUUGCGUUUUUUGUUUAAAUAUAAAACGCUUCACGA